CGCAGGAAGAAGAGGGACUGGUUUCAUGGUCUCGUGGUCUCAUGGCUCCGGGAUGGAGGGGUUCCUGUCCACGUUUCCACCCUACAAUGGCUGCGGUACUCUGGUCUACGCUGGCCCCCCUCAGGGCAAGAGAGAGGGCUGCUUCAUGACCCCCCAGGGCCUCAACUACCUGGAGCUGUGCCGGGCCAUCCUGGCCCAGGUGAGCCCGGGCCAGGUGAACCCGGGCCAGGUCAGGAAGGCCAGCACCAAGGAGUGCGGCGUGCAGGUGAACGCCCGGGUGGAUAAGCUGGUGCAGUGCUCGCUGGGGCCCAAGACGCUCUUCUGCCCGGAGGAGGACUCCAAGACCCCGCAGAGCCCGGAGCGGCUCUCUCCGGACCGGAAGGUCCCGGGUAGCACGCCUCCGCUGAGCCAGCUGCGCUUCUUCAGCCCCGUGUCCAUCUACUCCCCGGUGUUCCACCGCAGGGUCUACAGGAAGAAGCUCCGCGAGGAGGAGGAGGAGGAGGAGGAGGAGGAGUGUGAAUGUGAAGGAGAAGCUGAACGAGCCCAGUCUGAGCCGGACCGUGAGGAGGCGGAUCACAGUGCUGAGGACACGGUGAAGGACCUGAAGAAGACCUUCUACAGGUCUUUAAAGGGCUCCAACUUCCAGUUCCUGGAGCAGCGGUACGGCUUCUUCCACUGCAAACAGUGUAACAUCCGGUGGGAGAGUGCGUAUGUGUGGUGCAUCUCUGGGACCAGUAAGGUUUACUACAAGCAGCUCUGCCGGAAGUGUCAGGUGGGUUUCAACCCCUACAGGGUGGAGUCCAUCCUCUGCAAGGGGUGUGCUCAGACCUGCUGCAGCUGUGAGAAGAAGCAGAGGCACAUCAACAUGAAGCGUCCUCACCGCCAGGACCUGUGCUGCCGCUGUAAGGGCAUGAAGCUCUCCUGCGACGUCACCUUCAGGUUCAAAUACAUCGUGUGAUCUAAAGUCUCCUGGAAGCAACAGAAGAGAUCCAGAUGUUCUCCAGCCAGCGACUAGAUGAAUCUCUGCCAUGGUGGUUUAUUUGAAGCAGUUUCUCAGAAAAGACUCUAUGCUUCCCCCUUAAUCCUGGAGCUCAUGUU